GAAUUUUAUACAGGCAAAUCUAAAGUCACCGCACAUAUUUUACGUCAUCCCAAUCACCAAAAGAAGUUACCGCCGCCAUUUUGGCUCAAACAAACUCCGCAUUUCACUUAAUACUAAAAAAAUAUAUUUGUCUCAAGCAAAUCGCCGUACUCAGUACAUUAAAGAGACGGCCUGCAACGCUAUUGUUUACUGAAGCAACUAGGAUCUAUUUUUUGAAGCGAAAAGUUUUUAUUAAUACACCUGCUAAGUCCUCUGCUAGCAGACCUCUAUCGUUACGUGUUAUCGUUGUUUUGCCCAGAUGAAAAGUUACACAUUUGGCGACUGUAAAUAAAAAUGGGUGGAUGCUCCGCUCCAAACUGCUCGAACUCCACAUCUAUAGGAAAGCAGCUGUUUCGCUUUCCCAAAGACCCCGUGCGCACGAGAAAGUGGCUCGUAAACUGUCGCCGUGAUUUUGUACCGACUCCCUGCUCGAGACUGUGCCAGGAUCAUUUCGAAGAGAGUCAGUUUGAGGAGAUUGCCAGAUCACCAGCAGGGGGAAGGAAACUCAAACCCAAUGCUAUACCAACACUUUUCAAUGUACCGGACCCUCCCUCUCCUGUUACCCCUCAGAUGGUGUUACCUGUUAAAAAUGAGCCAGUGGAGAAGGACUUGAACAUGGGGGACCAUGGUUAUGCCCGUCGCCAGCCCCCUGUGGAUUCAGAGGAGGAUGGAGUUCAGGGGUCAGAGGAGGAAAGACCCUGCUCUCUCUGCCAGCAUUACAAAACCAAACUGGAACAGCAACAGCAGCACACAGUCAGACUGCAGAGAGAGGCAGAAGAGAUGAAGAAACGUCUUUACAAACUGAGUAAAAUCGAGAAAGGGCUUCAGAUGUUCCUGUAUGAGGAUCAGAUACGUGCCCUAACGUUAGCCAAACGUUCUCGAAGGGCAGUGUGGUCCCAUGACACUUUACUGACAGCCCGAAAAAUCCGCUGCGCAGUGGGAGUUAAAGGCUACGAAUAUCUCAGGGAACUGGGCUACCCCCUGCCAUCUUACAGGACGCUGUGUAAUCGCCUGGAGCCCAAAAUGAUGGUGACCACAAGCAUGCAGGAUGAACUGGCAGAACUUGGCCUAGGCAUCAUAACUGCUUGUGACAGUCCAGAGGGCAACACGACGGGUGAUGAAGGACUCAUUGGAAUUAUGACAUAAGAAACUGCACUAAUGCUCGAACUGACUGUUAAAUCUGCCAAAGGCCAUACUAUAUAGCAAGAAUCACAUAGGACAUUUCUGUCAACUGGGUUAAUUUAUUUUUGGGUUGCAUUUAAAACCUUUUACAUAAAUCCUUCACGAAUCUGAAGUUGGUUCAUUGUUUUCUGAGUUAUUGUUUUCUUUUCUCCAAGAAAGGAAGGAAUAUUUUGCUCUUGCUACGUUUAGCUAGACAGUUGUUUGUUGUUUAUGUAAAUAUUAAGGAACAUUUGGGAAUCACUUUAGCUGGAAUCGUUGAAUCAAUGCUGAGAAUCAGACCUGGAAAGUUAUUGGUACAAGCGAUAUUGGUAAAGGUUGAAAUUGGCGUUAUAUAAAGUGUAAUGCUGUAUCUUGUAUUAUGUUUGACCUGUAUCACCUAGUGAAAGAGUUUAGCUGUCAUAGAGGAUUCACAUCUUACAUUUCUAGAACCACCACAUGCAACUGCCACUGAGGGUACUGAUAAUUCUGUUAGGAAACCAGAAUUUCUGGUUUUAUCUUUCCCUUUACUUACACUUUGCCACUGCCGUCUGAGCAGAUUUUUAUUAAUUUAAGAUGUUUCAUUGACGUAUCCCUUUCUUUGACAUUAGCAAUUACAACUGUUUCUCAAAAAUGCUCCCUCUUAACUAUAUUUUGCAUAAUCUUCAUCAGGGUUUUACUGCGUCACUAGAAACAAGUUCCUUAAUUGUUGGCUUUUAUGCCUCCGUGGAGAUUUUGCCUUCUAAAGGUUGUUGCUCCAUGAAUCAGAGUUUGUACUUUGGUCCAGUCAUUUUAAAGGUGAACACUGCUGUUUGCAAACUAAAAAUCAAUCACUCUGUCCAUUGGAUUGUGUAAGACCCUUUAAAGAAUGUUUUGUUCUGUGUAAAUGAAGGAAUUAUAUUAACUUUUGCAAGUCUGAAGCCAGAUAAAGAUGUUCUUAUUUAUAUAGGCUGCAUUUAAUUCAAUAAUGGAUGUCUGAGACCCCAGGCUUUUUUAUAAAAGGGUAUGA